AUGAAGCAGACUAGGGCGUGCUGCCUAGCCUACAUAGCGGUUUUCUAUCUCAUCCUAGCCGUCUCCCCAGCAAUCAGCAACAUGAACGACAGCAUUGAGAAGAUGUGGGGCAACACACAGGUGUUCUACGAUAGCAGCGGCCAACAAAUCAUGUCACUGUCCCUGGACUACUGGACAAGUUCUGCAUUCCGCUCAAAGAGCCAGUACCUCUUUGGGAGGUUCGACAUUGGCAUCAAGCUCGUCCCCAAGGACUCAGCUGGGACUGUCACCACUAUAUAUAUGAUAACCGAAGGGCAAUGGCAAACCCAUGACGAGAUCGACCUCGAGUUCUUGGGGAACACCACUGGUGAACCAUACACUCUGCACACUAACAUCUAUGCCAGAGGGAAAGGUGGCCGAGAAAAGCAGUACCGUCUUUGGUUUGAUCCCACUGAAGACUUCAAUACAUACUCCAUCAUCUGGAACCCGCAGAUGAUCCUAAUACUUGUCAAUGGCACACCAAUCCGGCGGAUGAAGAAUCAGAUGAGGGAUGAUACUCCCUUCCCACUCUUUCAGCCCAUGAGGUUGUACGCCAGCAUCUGGAACGCAGAUGACUGGGCGACGCAGGGCGGACGCAUAAAGACCGACUGGUCCCAGGCGCCGUUCACAGCAUUCUUCCGGAACUACAGUGCCAACGCUUGCGUCCCAAACAGGAAAGCCUGGGUUUGCGGCCAAAGUUCUGGGGACAGCAGCUGGUUCAAACAGGUGUUGGAUGAGGAGGGGGAGAAGAAACUGAAGGAUGUGGAUGAUCAGCACAAGAUUUAUGACUACUGCACAGACUCAAGAAGGUUCCGUAAUGGGUACCCCCCAGAGUGUGGCUCAGAGUAG